AUGAGUUUCAAAAACUCUUUCAAAUAUCACAGCUCGUACAAACAGAUACGAAGCCCCAGAGAUAAAAGUGAAGCAAGCCCUGAGAACCGUCCGAUUCUCCACGACCACGAUCACCACCCUCGCAUGGGCCACCACAAAACACAGAGCUCUCGUUCUAGCCUGGACGAGGCUCGAAACGCUCCCCUAGAACGAGAUUCCAGCUACAAGUUCUGGCCAGACAACACUGGAACUUCCGACCACGCCACGUUGGAGCCGGCACGAACUAGCUUUAAAGAUCCGACCACUAUUAAUCGACAGAGUGGGAGACUGAGCGACAGCUUCAACUUCGGAUCAGGGAAGCCGCGGCCAAUGGAAGAACCAAUGGCCGGAGGAGAGCAUCGACAAUGGGAAGGUAGAGGAGAGAUCACACUCGAUGUGGAUCAAGACAACGAUGACGUAAGUCACCAGACACAACCAACGCCUACCUCAACGGCUCGAUCAUCAUUUGACGCGGCGAGGGACUUGCGAGUCUCUUUCAAUGUUCAAAGAGCUGGUACAAACUUCGUCGGUUCGGUUCCUUCUUCGUCUCCUACUCCUUCGUCUUGCUCGUCGGCAACAAUGCGGACGAAUCAAGACACGCAGCAGCAGGAAGAAGAGGUUGUUCGAUGCACAUCGAACAGGUCGUUUCAAAGGAAAGCAGAUCUUAUUUCAAGAACCAAGACAAGAUCGAGGCUUCAAGAUCCGCCAGCAGAGGAAGACACGCCUUAUUCAGGUUGGAGAUCUGGUCAGUUAAAAUCCGGGUUACUCGGAGAUAUUGAUGAAGAUGAUGAUCCAUUAGCUGAGGAAGAUAUACCUGAUGAGUAUAAGAGAGGGAAACUUGACGCCAUAACUUUGCUCGAGUGGCUUAGCUUAGUGGCUAUAAUAGCUGCAUUGGCGUGUAGUUUAUCGAUUCCUUCUUGGAAGAAAGUGAGAGUUUGGAACCUUCAUUUAUGGAAAUGGGAAGUGUUCUUGCUUGUUCUUAUAUGUGGGAGGCUGGUCUCUGGAUGGGGAAUCCGAAUCGUUGUCUUCUUCAUCGAGAGAAACUUUCUUUUGCGAAAACGAGUUCUUUACUUUGUGUACGGUGUUCGUAGAGCUGUCCAGAACUGUCUCUGGCUCAGUAUGGUUCUUCUCGCUUGGCGUUUCUUGUUCGACAAGAAAGUACAGCGAGAGACAGAUAGCAAGUUUCUUCCUUACGUAACCAAGAUAUUGGUGUGUUUCUUGUUGAGCACUAUCUUAUGGUUGAUCAAGACACUAGUGGUUAAGGUUCUCGCUUCUUCGUUCCACGUUAGUACUUACUUUGAUCGGAUUCAAGAAGCUCUGUUUAACCAGUACGUAAUCGAAACCUUGUCGGGUCCUCCCAUGAUUGAGCUGAGCAGGAUUGAGGAAGAGGAAGAGAGGGCGCAAGAAGAGAUUUUAAAGUUGCAGAACGCAGGUGCUAAGUUACCACCAGAUCUUCGCGCCGCUGCGUUUCCACCGAGAAAGAGUGGGAGAGUUCUGAACCCCAAACUAUCAACAGUCAUCUCGAAAACAGCAGCUGAUGGUGGAAUCAGCGUGAAGCACCUUCAGAGUAUGAAUCACAAGAACAUAUCAGCUUGGAACAUGAAGAGGCUGAUGAAGAUUGUGAGGCAUGUUUCGCUUACCACGUUAGACGAGCAGAUGCAGGAAACCACAAACGAAGACGAAUCCACCCGACAGAUACUGAGCGAAAAAGAAGCUAAAGCAGCUGCAAGGAAAAUUUUCAAGAACGUGGCUCGACGUGGCGCAAAGCACAUUUACAUAGACGAUUUGAUGAGGUUUUUGCGUGAAGACGAGGCGAUGAAGGCAAUGUACCUCUUCGAAGGUGCACCAGAGACGAAAAAGAUCAGCAAAUCAGCUUUGAAGAACUGGCUGGUCAAUGCUUUCAGAGAGCGAAGAGCUCUUACCCUGACACUCAACGACACCAAGACUGCUGUGAACAAGCUUCAUCACAUGAUCAAUAUUGUCACUGCUAUUGUCAUAGUUGUCAUAUGGCUUGUCCUUCUGGAAAUAGCAUCCUCCAAAGUGCUUCUCUUUGUAAGCUCACAAGUUGUACUAUUGGCCUUCAUCUUUGGGAACACGGUCAAGACUGUAUUCGAGUCCAUCAUCUUCUUGUUCAUCGUGCAUCCUUAUGAUGUUGGUGAUCGCUGUGAGAUUGACGAUGUACAGUUGGUGGUGGAGGAGAUGAACAUACUUACAACAGUGUUCUUGAGAUAUGACAAUCUGAAGAUUAUGUACCCGAAUAGUCUUCUAUGGCAAAAAUCGAUCAGCAAUUACUACCGCAGUCCAGACAUGAGUGACACAAUCGAGUUUUGUGUCCACAUUACUACUCCUCCUGAAAAGAUUGCAACAAUCAGGCAAAGAAUAUCAAACUACAUUGACAACAAGCCAGAGUACUGGUACCCAUCAGCCAAGAUAGUUGUAAAGAACGCAGAAGAGUUGAACAUGAUAAGGUUAGUAAUUUGGCCGGAUCACAGGUUUAAUUUCCAAGACAUGCUUGAAAGAUGGGGAAGAAGAUCCGUCUUGGUCGAAGAAAUAAUUAAGAUCCUCCUCGAACUCGAUAUUGAGCACCGGUUUUACCCACUCGGUAUCAAUGUCAAAGCAAUGUCUACAGUUGUUUCCAGCAGAGUUCCACAAGGCUGCACCCAGAGCGCAGGUUCAAGCUUUGACGGCAACAAAUCAGACAUGGAGCGUGAUUCCACCAGCUACACAUUUUGGCAAGAUAUUGUAACCGAUGAUCACGCGCAGAGCGGUAGUUUCGAUUUCCCACAAUGCCGUGAUGAGGUCACACUCGAUGUGGACGAGGAAGCAGAGGAUAUCAGCAACACAUUAGCUUCAGGGUUCGACGCGUCGAAAGAAACGUUAGUCUCUUUUAAAAUCAACGGUUCUUCAGGUACCAACAACAAUAUGUCCGGUUCUGUCCGUUCUGGUACCUCUUCCACUUCGUUUUCGUCGGCGACAAUGCGGAUGAACUUAGACCCGCAAGAUCAGGACGAAGACGUAGUUCUGAGAUGCUCAUCGAUGAGGAAAACAGAGCUUGUCUCUAGGGUGAAAGCAAAAUCAAGGCUGAUAGAUCCUCCACAAGAAGAGGAGCAACAGUAUUCAAGUUGGAUGGAGACAUCAGAACAGCUAAGAUCCGGUUUACUUGCGAGACAAUCAAGUAUGGAGGAAGAAGAUGAUUCAUUGGCUGAGGAAGAUGUUCCUGAAGAAUAUAGAAGGACCAAAAUGGACGCGAUAACCCUGCUUCAAUGGCUGAGCUUGAUAGCAGUCGUGGUUCUACUAGUGUUGAGUUUGGGGCUUCAUUCAUGGAGAGAUACGACUCUUUGGAAGCUUCACUUGUGGAAAUGGGAAGUGGUUUUUCUGGUUCUCAUCUGCGGGAGGCUAGUUUCGGGGAUGGGAAUCCGAAUCAUCGUCUUCUUCAUUGAGAGAAACUUCCUCCUGAGAAAGAGGGUUCUUUACUUUGUUUAUGGUGUGAAGACGGCUGUUCAGAACUGUCUCUGGCUAGGGUUGGUUCUUAUCGCGUGGCAUUUCCUGUUCGACAAGAAAGUAGAAAGGGAAACUCAGAGCGAUGUUCUGCUUCUAGUGACAAAGAUCUUAACGUGUUUCUUGUUGAGCACAAUCUUGUGGCUGAUCAAGACAUUGGUGGUUAAAGUUUUAGCAUCUUCGUUUCAUGUUAGUACCUACUUUGAUCGGAUUCAAGAAGCGCUGUUUCAUCAUUACUUGAUAGAGACGUUAUCUGGACCACCAAUGCUUGAGUUGAGCAGAAUUGAAGAAGAGGAAGAGCGAGCGCAAGAAGAGAUCUUCAAGAUGCAGAAAGCAGGUGCUGAUUUAUCACCUGACCUUUGUUCAGCUGCGUUUCCACCGGACAAGAGCGGAAGUGUGUCGAACGGCGUGAAGCUAUCUCCGAUCAUCCCGAAGACAGGAACUGAUAGCGGAAUCACUAUGAAUGAUUUGCACAGGAUGAAUCAGAAGAAUGUAUCAGCUUGGAACAUGAAAAGACUGAUCAAGAUUGUGAGGCAUGUUUCAUUGACGACAUUAGAUGAGCAAGCGCUUCAAAGCACAUCUGAAGAUGAGUCAAUCAGACAGAUACGGAGCGAAAAAGAAGCUAAAGCAGCUGCAAGAAAGAUUUUUAAGAACGUGGCUCAACGUGGAACAAAGCACAUUUACUUGGAGGAUUUGAUGAGAUUUUUGCGAGCAGAUGAGGCGAUUAAGACAAUGAGUCUCUUCGAAGGCGCAUUGGUGACCAAAAAGAUUACCAAAUCAGCCUUGAAGAACUGGCUGGUGAAUGCUUUCAGAGAGAGAAGAGCUCUUGCACUGACACUCAACGAUACAAAAACAGCAGUGAACAAACUCCAUCACAUGAUUAAUUUUCUCACUGCAAUUGUCAUAGUAAUCAUAUGGCUAGUUCUUCUUGAGAUUGCCACUUCAAAGUCUCUUCUCUUCUUAACUUCACAAAUUGUACUCUUGGCCUUUAUGUUUGGAAACUCUCUCAAGACCGUCUUUGAGUCAAUUAUCUUCCUUUUCAUCAUUCACCCCUAUGAUGUUGGUGAUCGGUUGGUGAUCGACACUGUCGAGAUGGUGGUGGAGGAAAUGAAUAUUCUUACAACAGUGUUCUUGAGGGCUGACAAUCUGAAGAUUGUGUAUCCGAAUAUUCUUUUGUGGCAGAAAGCGAUCCAUAAUUACAACCGUAGUCCGGACAUGGGAGAUGAAGUGCAGUGUUGUGUCCACAUAACUACUCCACCUGAAAAGAUUAUUGCGAUCAAACAAAGAAUCUCAAGCUACAUUGAUAGCAAGCCAGAGUAUUGGUAUCCGAAAGCCGAUAUCAUUGUAAAGGAUGUGGAAGAUUUGAACAUUGUGAGGUUAGCAAUAUGGCCACGACAUAAGAUUAACCACCAAAACAUGGGAGAGAAAUUCACAAGAAGGGCCUUGUUGGUUGAGGAAGUGAUCAAAAUCCUGCUUGAGCUUGACAUUCAGUAUCGUUUUCAACCGCUUGACAUCAAUGUCAAGACCAUGCCCACGGUUCUCUCGAGUAGAGUUCCACCUGAUUGGGCACAAAACCUUGAUAUACAGGGUAACUAG